CCCGUCACUCCAGCUAUCUUCGACGAGAACGCCUCGCCUCCUAAUCCCGCCGCGCGUUGUGAUUGGUGGACCCAUCAGGAAACGCUUUUGAAAAGCCUGGCGCACGUCGUUGUCCUUCACUUUGAGUUUUGGCGGCGGAAGUGGUGUUGGGUUUUUUUUCCUCUCUGAGGCGACGAGUUUUCAGAUGCCGAGGCCGGUGAGAGAAAGAAUGAGUCUGCAAAUCUUGAAGGGAGAAAAUAUUAGUGAUGACAUAGGUGCUGAAAACUGUGCCAUACUCGUCACAUCUCCAGAGCUCACAGGCAGGCCUUCCAUUCUUCGUCCAUCACAGAAAGAAAAUGUUCCACCAAAAAAAAUAAAGAAGUUUAUGAAGGUAACUUUUCAAACUCCUAUCCGGGAUCCUCAGACUCGCAAAUUCCUGAGUCCAGAUGUAAGGAAGAAACCUGAAACUUCUCCAUUAGUAGAUGACUGCAUUCCAAAAGAUCUUCUCUUGCCUCCAGUCAGUGUUGAGUGAGUAAAACUGUGAUUUUAUGUAGGUAGAUUCAAAAUAGAUUGUAAUAUAGUCAAUGAUAUCCCAGGAAGUGUUGGGCUGUCAUACAGCUGUCUUCAGGUUGUUGGAAGAGAAUAUGGGUUUUAGGAAGCUGUUUUUUUCUGGACUUCAAGCAUAUGAGUAGAAGCAGUGAUAUUUGCCAAAAAAUUCUUUUCACUGAGAAUGAUUGCGAAACUGUAACUACUCCUGAUUUAAAACGCAGUAAGGACAAUUGCAUUCAUGUAACAAGAACGUAGUCAUCCACAUGUUUUUGC